AUGAUCAUAGGUACACAAUCAAUUACUCUAUCGCCACCAUUACAAGAAACAUUGGAUACAAUUUCAACUUCAACUUUACUAUCACAACUAAGUGACGACGUUAUUUCACAAUCUAAAAAAGUAAAAAUAGUGAAAAUUGAUUUGUUCGAUAAUAAUUCAAGCCUUUUAUCUUCAACAACGAAAGAAACAUCAUCGACAGUAUUACCGGUUAAUUCUUCUAAAGCAUCAUCAGCUUGUUCUUCUACAACAGCUGUAUCUAAAUCUAGAGAAGUUGUUCCUUCCUCCUCCAAAGUAACAACUCAUCAAGCUUCCUCUAAAAUACCUACAACUGCAACAACGGUCGUAUCUAAAUCUAGAGAAGUUGUUUCCUCCUCUUCCUCCUCAAAAUCUGUAUUAAAGACAAUAUUUAACGAAAAAUACUUCUUGACAAAAAUUGAUACAGAAAUUCUUGAUUCAUGGAUUGAAACGUUGGUUGAUAAAGAACAUACUGUUGACAACGCUGAUGAAGAAGCAUUUUAUUCUCCUCUAGAUCAACAUAUUGAAGAGGAUAGUAAUAUAGAUGAUGUGGUGGAUGAUGUAUUGAUGACUAACAAAGAUAGACAGCCAGAAAAUUCUGACAAUGAUGAUCUUGUAAUGGCCAAUUGA